AUGGCGACUCUUGUAGCGCGAAACGCGAUUGCAAGAACGCUGGCGCUGCGAAGUGGCAGCCGCGCAACUAGCGUAUUUGACACUGUCUGUGGGAGGAGUGGCCUGAAAGUAGGUGCACGAAGCUUUUACGAGGGACGUGGAGACAGAAACGGGUCCAGAGGCCAUGGCGGUUACGGCAACGGUGGAUCAAGAGGCGGAUUUAGAGGUGGUUCCAGAGGUGGUUCCAGAGGUGGAUUCCAAAAGGGCUUUGACAAAAGACGUGGACGCGGUGUGGACAGUCCUCGCGACGAGGCAGACUCGCUACUGAGCUCGUCCAGAAUCAGCAACAUCAUCCAGGUGCCGCUAGAGGAAAACCCUCAGGAAAUCACCAUCGACGCGCUCAAGGAAGAGGGCUUUCUCGACAAAGACUUGCACAAGGCCGUGGCCCGUAUGAACUUUGCGAGCUUGACUCCCGUGCAGCAGAAAACCAUUAAACCAAUUUUGUCCACGGAACACGACGUGAUCGCGCGGGCCAAAACCGGUACGGGCAAAACCCUGGCGUUUCUUAUCCCCAUUUUCGAGCACCUUCUCAAAACGCGCAAAGAGUCUCCGUACAUGGUGAAGUGUGUGAUUGUGGCCCCAACGCGAGACCUGGCGCUGCAGAUCGACUCCGAAAUCGUCAAACUCCAGAAAAAUAACUACGCUUUGAAAAAAUUCAGUUCCAUCGCUCUUAUUGGGGGCAGCAACUUCCAAAUGGCCAUCAAAAGAAUGUUCAAAGACCGGCCCAACAUCGUCGUGGCGACCCCUGGCCGCCUCAUCGACGUUCUGUCCAAGUUUUCCAACGAGUUUUUCCGGUUUGUCGAUUUCAAAGUGCUAGAUGAGGCAGACAGAUUGCUGGAAAUCGGAUUUGACGACGACUUACGCGACAUUUCCAAGACUCUGAAUGGUCUGAAUGGGACUGGUCCAAAACACAUCAGAACUUUGUUAUUUUCUGCUACGUUGGGCGAAAACGUACAAAAGUUGGCAGGCGGCAUCAUGAACCGUGAACAGUGUCUUUUCUUGGAUACUGUGGACAAGAACGAACCCGAGGCGCACGAGAAAAUUGAGCAGACCUUGGUUAUUUCAGAUACAUUUGCCCACAACCUGUAUGGUCCCAUUUCCGCGAUCAAAGCUCGUCUAGCGGACAAAGCUCCUUUCAAGGCCAUUCUCUUUGUACCUACCGUUAAGUUCACCAAGUUCUACUGCAACGUACUAGAGAGAAUGUUCCCAUCUUUGCCCGUUUACGAAUUUCACGGCAAAGUGGACCAGAAGAAGAGAACCAGAAUGGUACAGCUUUUUAAGCGCGCAGAUGAGGGACUUUUCGUUUGCACAGACGUUGGGGCUCGUGGUAUGGAUUUCCCAGAUGUCGAAGAAGUAUAUCAGUUAGGAGUUCCAUCGGAGAUCUCUAAUUACAUUCAUCGUAUCGGAAGAACCGCUAGAGGUGGAAAGGAAGGUAAGGCUUCGAUUUACCUCUUCAAAGAUGAGCUUUCGUUUAUUGACACUUUGGCAGCCGAGAAGGGUGUGAAUGUUGCCAACCAGCGGGACUUUGCUCCUGAAGAGACAGACGCAGCUGAGUUUAAACGUUGCUUGCGGGAUGAGUAUCUUUUCAGAGACGGUUUGGAGUCCAUGCUUUCGUUCUAUAAGGGUUGUGAACAGCAGUACGGCUUCCGUAUGCCUAAGGUGGCCCGCCAGCUUGCCAAUGCCUACGGAGAAUGUUUACUCGACCCUAGCCAAAAGCUCCAAGUGAGUAGAGAAACUGCUAGCAUGAGAUAUGGCUUGAGAGGUAGAAUAGUCGAGGAAAUUUUUGACUCUGGGGCCCCACGGUCAUUCCAAAGAGAUUACAACGAUGAUCACGAAGGAAAGAGAAAUUCUACUCGUAGCCAUUACGAAUCUCGUGGUAAAAGCUACAGAGACACUCGCGGACGUUGGGACUCUAAAAGGGAUAGUAGAGGGUUCAAUGAUAGACAGUCUCGGUCCUCCGACAGAGGCCACAACCCCAGGUUAGACUAA